CUGUCAGUCUCGGUCCGGCUCUCAGGCUGCGCUCACAUUCUCAUACGGUUAUUGGCUGAGGUGCGGGGGGGCUCUCUCUCCUGAUUCCCUUCUCCCCCUGACUCCGGGGUUCAGCUGAGGUGCGGGGGGGCCGCCACUUACUGCAGUGUUGGGAACCGCCGGUGUCUGGCAGCUGAGUGGGGCCGCAGGCUGAGCCCAAGCUCAAUAUGGGGGAUGUGACCGUUAUGCCGAGUCUUCGGGUAUCCAGGGCAUCUAUGGACCUCCCCCUGGCACAGUUGUCUCUGCCCGCAGCGGCGCCCGCCUUCACCCUGCCCCCGAGGAACUGCCGCGUCUCCGCCGGAAGCACCGCCCGGUUUGACGUCAAGGUUAAUGGCCGCCCCGACCCUCAGGUCACAUGGUACAGAAAUGCGCAGCCCGUGCAGAGCGGCGACCGGUGUGAAGUGGCGCAGGGAAUCCGGGGGAAUUUCUCCCUUGUGAUCAGAAAUGUCACUGAAGGCGACAGCGGGAAAUACACGUGCGAGGCUGUCAAUGAUGGCGGCGUCCGACAGGUCACAGUAGAACUGACUGUGGAAGGUUCUGCUGCAAUGAAAUACAGCCUGCCUUCCAGCACAAGGACUCUUGGGUAAGUACCUGGGGUAAGUACCCAGGGUGUCCCAUUACAGGGCAUAAU